GAGACCUUUCUGUGCUCCCUUAGCGCUAGAACAACAGCGCACUCUCGCUGACAUUUUCUGCUUGUGGAAUCUCCGUCAGAGUGAGACGUCUUCAUUUUCCCGCCUCUCUCUGCUGAAAUCGUUCCACUACGUCAGGUCGUCCCGUCGGUCCGCUCGGUGAAGAUGUCUGCGGGUACAGGCGGCUGUGGACCCGGACCUGGACCCACCUCGGGCUCCGGGUCCGGGGCUUCCAACCCCAGAAAGUUCAGCGAGAAGAUAGCGCUGCACACCCAGCGACAGGCCGAGGAGACGGCCGCUUUCCAGGAGGUUAUGAUGGACAUCACCUCGACCAGGCUCCAGGCUCAGAAGCUUCGCCUCGCCAGAAGUCAGGGUCCGUACUACGGCGGAUCACUACCCAACGUCAACCAGAUCGGCAGGACCCCUCAGGACUUCCAGGGCUCCUUCCCCUCCACUCUGGAGUCCAACAGAUCCACUCGGCAUCACGGCCUAGUGGAGCGAGUCCAGAGGGACCGCCGUUUCAUCUCGCCAGUCAGACCGUACCGCAACCGACAAGUGGACAACUCGCCGUAUAACUCUGCAUACCUGUCUCCACCUCCCGAUCCCAGCUGGAGAAGGAAUUGGUCCGGAAACUUCCCUGGGGAUAAAAGCCAGUUGUUUCGUCUCCCCACCACUGCACUCAACAGGACCAACUCUGACUCGGCCCUCCACACUAGUGUAAUGAACCCUCCCACAGGAGACCCCUUUACCACCGGAGGACCCACCCUCACCCCCCAGAGCAGCAGGCGCUCUGGUCAGAGCGACGGAGAAGGGAGAAGAAUGUUUCCGUACCCCGUCCCUCCCAUUGAAGAGAACGUGUUAGACGAGGGGAAACUUCUCAAACCCUGGGACACUAAGAAGUUACCUCUGCUGACGUCCCGACCCAAAUCCUGUGAAGUUCCUGGUAUCAAUAUCUUUACGUCUCCAGAGCAGCCAUCUACACCCGCUCACGGCGUCCCUUCGGCCCUCAACACCGGCGGCUCGCUCCCCGACCUCUCCAGUCUCCACUUCCCCUCCCCGCUGCCCACGCCGCUGGACCAGGACGAGCCCGGCUACCCAGGAUCCUCCUCUCUGAGCGGGGGCAGCAGCACGGGGAACCUGGCCUCCACCCUCACCCAGCUGGGCAUCAACCCGGCAAACACGCAGGGAGGCAAUGGCAACUUUCACCACACGCAAGGUCUCAUGGCAUCUCUACAGAGCACGCUCAGUAACCCCCUGCAGUCCUCGUUAAGCAACCCCAACAUCCAGUCCUCACUCAGCAGCCACUCCUUCUCCAACUCUUUGAGCUCCGCCUCCCUGCACUCGUCCUUCAGCAACCCCUCCCUGCAGUCGUCCUUAAGCUCCUCCCCCUCCCUGCCGUCCUCCCUCAGCAGCCAAUCGCUGCACUCCUCCCUCAGCAACUCCUCCCUGCAGUCGGCGUCCAGCAGCAACCCCAGCUACAGCAGCGGUGUGGGCGGCUCCGGCUCAUGCUCCUCCUCCUACUCACCGCUGCUGAGCGGGCAGGGCCAGCAGUCGCUCAGCACGUCGCCACGGAGACGGGCGCAGCUCUCCCCGCUCAUCCUGCCCAUGGGAGGGGAGGUUCGGAGGCAUCACUCCAAACAGUUCUCCCCCACCAUCUCCCCCACCCUGUCCUCCAUCACACAGGGCGUCCCUCUGGACACCAGCAAACUGCCCCUGGACCAGAGGCUUCCUCCGUACCCUCUAAGCCAGUCCCACCAGCACCAGCCGGGCUCCCACCAGCCUCUCCCUGGCCUGCAGGGCUCCCAGCCGGGCCAGCAGCCCUCUCAGCUGGGCCAGCACCACCACCAACAGCUGCACCGCCUCCAGCAGCAGCAGCGACCCAACGCUCAGCCGCAGCAACAAUCCCAGGCCAUGCAGCAGCUCCAGCUGCAGAACCUACGCAACACACACAACCAGCACAUGCAGCAGCACUUUGGGACGGUAGCUAAGACACUCAAGAGGCCGAUGGGGCAGCAGUUGAACACAGCAAACGCACAGCUGAUAAAGAACGAGAGGCCGAUGGAUCAGUGCGUGCAGAGCUUGUCGUCCUCUCAGUGUCACGUCAAACAGGAAGCGGAGCAGCAGGCGGAGCAGCAGAGAGCCGGCGGCCUCCCUCAGCUCCAACAGAUCAGCCACAACCUGGCUACAGACCUCUACAACGAUGCCUUGCUCAACUCUCUUCUGGACGACCCGUACUUGAGUCUGCAGCUCACAGGCAAAUCCAACCAGCAGUUCUCUGCAGAUAAUCAGGCUGAUUGUUUGUCUCUGAAUCACGGUGGUUUGGGCUGCAGCAUCACUGAUAAGAACCAGUUUCCCUCCAACACCCAGAGCUCCCUGGACCUGCAGGAGCCCGGAGACCAGCAGCUCCUCAACAACCAGAACCAGAACUACAGCGGCGGGGAGGGACGACACAACGUGCCCAACAUCAUCCUCACAGGCGACUCUCCUCCCGGUCUGUCUAAAGAGAUCGCCAGCGCUCUGUCCCACGUCCCCGGCUUUGAGAUGGAUCCUUUUUCCCUGGACGACCCGCUCAGGAUGGACCCUCUGGCUCUUGACAUGCUGGACGGCGACCUAAUGCUCGCCGACCCGGCUGUGGAGGAUUCCUUCAGAUCUGACCGGCUGAAGUGACCCCGAUGCCCCCCUCCCCUUUCUAGGAGCUCGGUGGGAAUCGGUGCAAAAAGGUGACCACCCCUUCAGAGGUGGAAAGGACCGGGUGAAACACCACUCCCCCUAGAAAAAGACGGUCUGCAGAGCGAGACGUGGAUGCAACUUUUGAGCCUCUGAGAGUCUUUUAACGGCGGCAAACAAUCCGGAGGUUUCUCUGUGAAGUCAGAAUGAACAGAAAGAGGAGGGGGAGUUUUCCGUCAAAGGCACUUAACUGAAAAAAAACGCUCUCGCAAAGCUUGAAGUCAAGAAGAUGCUUCUCUUUUUAGGCAUUAGCUUGUACGAGUCUUAUCUGCAUGUUAAUGAAAAAUGCACUCGCGUAAAAAUGCAAACACGCAGGAAUAAACCGCUCACGUGACGUCAGCUUUGUGUAAGAAAACGUCUGUAAAAACCAGCAGCGCUUGGAAGAUCCCGGAACGAAACGAUGCAUCUCGAUCCAUGUGGAUUCCCCUCAGCUUCACCGGAAAGACGACUUCUUUUUACCCCCAAAAACAACCAGUGAGAGGUCAUUAACGGUAACGUUUGGCUUCUUCUGCUCUCUCAGCCACUUUGACAGGAACUUAGCCAUGAUUUAAAGGUCUAUAUAUUUUUAAAUGAAGAGCUUUUCCUCCUCUUAAGGUCACAGAUGUCAACGUAAAGCCUCAAAAAGGCUGUGAGGUUCUCCUCAAACCAAACAGGCCUGCACCCCGGUGCAACAAUCAGAAAAACAGUCUAGAAAAGCAGGUGAAUGUUUUUGGAUGAAGACCUCUCAGAAGUGAUUUCAGAGCUUAAAACCCCAGACAUGCUGCUUCUAUAAAGUCACUCUUACUAAUCAGGCCGAAUGUAAUGUAUAUAUGAUGUUAUUAUGUCCGUUACAGCAGCUUUAAACCUUUAAAUGACCUGUGAUCACAUCGGGCACCUUCUUCAUGAGUUUUAAGUUUAAAGUGGAAUCAGAAUCAGGGACUAAACGACUAAAGUCAUCAAAUCAUGCGAGGUAAAAUCAUGAUUGAGUUUGGAAGAAGCAGAAAUUCAUCUGUAAAGAGGUGAACUGGGAUUAGUUUAUCAUCUUUUUCAUAAAGCCUGAUAAACGCUGGCAAAUCAAGCUUCAACUUUUGCCUUUAAAGCAAGAAAGCUGUUUUGGUUUCUCCUCUGCAUUGUGGUGGAUUAAAUUUGAGACAGCCAUAUUUAAAACCAAGAUGAUUUUGGUUAAAUUGUGUUUUUAGAUGGCAGCGUUUUAGUGACAAAUUCCGUUAACAAGGAUCCAUAAAAACAGCUGUAAGUGUAUGCAUAAGGAUCUGGUAGAAAUGAGAUAAUCAGGAUCCGAACAAUCCUCCCAGUCCUUCCUCCCUGCACAACUCCUUUUUGUUCCUGUAAUGACAGUGUUGACCACUAGAGGCCACCACCAAACAUGAAUAUGAACCGUAGCCCAUAACUUCCGUUUAGGAUCCAUACUGCUUCAUUUUGAUCUGUAAAUUUCAGCCUGAAUCAUCACAGCUGAACUCAUUUUCAAAUUUAUGCAUAAACUUUGCAUUGAAGAUGAAUAUUUAAACUUGUAGAAGAUAAUCGUCCAAUGUGAUCACAGAUAAUUAGUCUAUAAAUGAACUUCUCCAUCACUGCCAGCUGUUUAAAGCUUCAUCAGAGAGUUUAUCAUCACUGAGCUGCAGUUCAGAGUCUGAAACACGCUGCUGCAUCUGAGAAAACAACAACGAGUGAAGCAAAACCUCAACAGGAUAAUUGUUUUAAAGCAGAUCUGAGGUUUUUGCAUCAGAAAGAUGCUAAAUUAUCAUGCAAAUUUUUGCAGCAUUGCGUUCCAGAUCUGAAUCUGCAGCCUGGUGCUGCAGCCUCGUGUGCCUGCUGCUGUCGGUGUUUAUGUGUUUGUCUCGUCUACUUUCCUACUCACAGAAAUUUAAAGUCACAAAGCAUCAGAUGCAGUGCCUGUAGAUAUAGUAUAUAUGGCUUUAUAUAUAGCAAAUGAUGUGUUUCAGAAAUUAGGUUGAGUUUAUGAAGGAGAGACGCAAACAUGGCGGCAACAAAGAAAUCUAAUUUUAAAAUUAGCGUCUUUGGAAAAAGUCGCCCUCUUAGGCUAAAGCUGUAGGGCUUCUGAGGUUCAAUUAUUAAGGGCAAUUCCAGAAAUUGUCUUCUUUUUCAGGCGAAAAAAAAUCCUAAAGUAGUAUCCCAGUAUCCCAAAAUUUGUGCGCUGUCUUUGCCGGGAUCUGUGGCUAAGAAAAGACUGUCCAGCCAUCUGGACCAUUUUUUCUCAGUUGUUUGAGAUUUUAAAGAAGAUUAAAUAAACCAUAAUCAGGAAAGAAAUCCAUAAAAUAGAAAAAAUGUCCAUCUUGAUUUUCUUUAAAAUGCAAAUAUCAGAAAUAAACCCAGAGACUGAGGUUAGCUAGUCAAUACUAGGUGCUAGUAUUGAUGAUAGAUUAGUGAUAAUGGUGCAUUCGUUUCCUGAAACCACAAAGCUCGGGAAAAAAAUAUCUGAAUAUUUUUAUUUCUACAUUAAAACAGGAAUAAAGGGUUUAGAAGCAACCAAAAUACCUGAGAGAUUUGUUUCUUUAAGCUGCUUUGAUCAUUCUUAAAGAAUUAAUUUAUGAAUUUUACAAAAGAAAAUGUUAGAAGUUACUUUUUAGUAAAAUUGUGAUGGACAUUUUUUCUAUUUUUGGAUCUAUAUUGACCAAAUAAAACAAUCAAGGAAAUAAAUUAUCAUUCAUUUUGGAAAGCAUGAUUUCCAUCCCCGCUGUAGGUUUAAAGUAGAAGCUUUGUGGACUUUAGGUCUAAACAAAGGUUUGAUGAAAGAAAGGUCUUUAAAACAUCCGUUUUUAAGCGUUUGUGAUAUAUUGAGUAAGUUUGUAAAUGUCCCUUUAAGCCCGCUCACUGUGAUUGACAGCCAUAAGCCCCACCCCCCUGCUUACACCUGUUGCCUCUGCAUUUCAGCCCUGAUUAGGGGUAGAGCUAUUUUUAAUGUUUAAAAAAAGAGAAAUGUAAUCCUAAAUAUUAUUCUGGCUAUAAAGAAGUUUUAUUUUUGAACCUAAAGCGAUGUGUAAAUAAUUUAUGGAGUUUUAUCUUUGAUCAAAAACAAAUUAUUUAAAAGUAAAGAAGAAAAACGUCUGUGUAAAUGUUUAAACAGCUUUGAGGCAAAAUCUGCUUUUGUCAAGUGUGCUCCAAGAGUUUAAAGCUGAUUUUAAAACUUCAGCCAAUCACACGCUCCCUUUUAUCGUCUGUUUUCACCGUUAGAGUUACUGAGAGAUCAGUCGUCAGUGAGUUUAAGUCUGAUUUUUCUGUUCAAAGGACGAGUUCUGCAGUUUGAGGAAUGAAAUAUGAAAAGUUCUUUUUAUUUUUAAAUAUUUAUAUGAAAAUAUCAGGAAAAGGAAUCAGAACAGAAGCCAGUUUUUAUUCAUCAUCAAGUUGUCCCAGCACUACAGCGAUGAUUCAACAAAACCAAAAAAUAAAAUCAGUUCUUUAAAUAAAACCUGCAGAAAUGAAAACUAUCAAGAUUUUCCUCUGCAAAUUUCACCGAUUGAUUUAUUUUUCUUACAGUCACCUACAUAUGAUGAUAUCACGAGACAUUUUCUAAUGAAAUCAGUGCAAAUUGGGCAUUAAACUAGUAGAAAAUAUUUCUAUAAAUUAAGAUAUCUUCUCAAACUUGGUUUGUACCCUGCAUUAAAAUCUGUUUUGGGUAUUCAGAUACCAAAUGUUAACCUUUAGUGCUUUGUGUGGGCUAAAAACCGUUUAAAGACCCUGUAAAGUGAAAAUAAAUCUGUAUUUAGGUUUGUUCUAUGAUAGAUAAUUGCGUAAUGAACCUCUAGUUCAAAUUUCAGUCGGAUAAAACAUCUCUAGGUUUAUAAAUUUAAGCUUCAAAAUCAUGAAAAAUCUGCUCCAGGAUGAUGUAGCUUCAGCUCAUUCAACAGACACGCCCACACCAUCCUGGAGCAGAGAAAUAGAGUGAUGCAGAAAUGGUGCUGCGUUCAAUUGUACUUGGAACUCUGAUAAAUCUGACCUCCGGAUUGGAAAGGUGCAAUAGAAGCUCGGGACUCCGACUCGGGAUUUCGCGUAGGAUCCAAGCAGCCCGAGUCGGUCGGAAUGACAAAAUGAUAGCAAAAUGAUGUUGCACACCGUGAGAGGUAAACAGAGUCACUUUCUCCUCAACUUUUACUUUUAUGUGUCGUCUAAUUUAGCAUUUGUGUUACUAGAGUACAGGCCUCUGCACAGCUGGCUUUGAUGCCCAUAUAAGUUCAAUGAUGCAUGCAGGAUUCCCCUCGCUGGUGCGUUCAAGUCAUACUUACAGUAUAUGACGUUUCUCUUUCUCUCUCUCCCUCAAGUAGCUAAUAUAUUUUAACAGCAGGAAUUUUUGAUCCUUGAAAAACAUCCAAACAAACAUCAGCUUACUCCGGCCGGCCAUGUUUUCCGAGCUUAUGCAAUGGAACAUAUUUACCUCGGAAGUCAGGAUUUCCGACCCGGAUCUUUCCAAGUUCUGAGUACAAUCGAACGUAGCAUGAGUCCUAAAAUGCCAAAAUAAGUUAGCAAUUUAGCACUUCUGGUUCCCUCGUCUGAAAGUCUCUGGGAUUUUUGAGUUUUCGGUUAAAUGCCUGGAACAAGGUAUGUUGUGAACACAAGCUCAAGAGAGUUUAACGUUUUAUCCUACAACAUACAGUACAUCUGAAACGUGCCCCACCUUAGAAUGGAAUCUUUUCACAACUUAAUAAAGGCGGUUGCUAAAAGACAGCUAACCAGGACUACAGCGUACUAUACGUCAUCAUCUGAAGUGCGGCAACUGAGCCUGCUGUUCACUUGUAUCUGCGGACGAUGACGUUAAAUUCAGUCGACCGUGUUGUAGUUCAGUAUAGCAUAACGUUAGCUUUUAGCUUUCCUCAGUUAGAUUAAUGAACCAGAUAUGAUGCUUAUAUUAUCAAUCUGUUAAGAUUAGAUUUAUGAACAAAAUGUGCAAGUUUCGUAAACUUUUAUUAGACACAGAGCUUAUUUUCAGCAAUAAUCCAAAAACCCAUUGAAAAAUCCCAUAGGCUUGAUGCCGAGGAAUACAUGCGACGUAAACUUCCGGGUUCGCUUACAAUAUUACGUCAUGACUGCUCCACUCUAUCCUCUCAGGUUUAAAAAAUGCUACAAUCUGAUUGGAGGAAAGCUCUCAUGCUAUAAGCCCCUACCCUUGACCUUACAUUGACUUUAUAGUCAGAGCACAGUUGCCUGGCUCUCUCUCAGAGAAGAGCCAAAGUCUGUUUUCUGACCUAAAUCUCUGUUCUGAUGCUUUCAAUGAUCCAUAGACCACUGUAGCGGAUAGAUUUGGUCAAUUUACCUCACAGUGACCAAAAAAACAGCAUUUAACUGACUGUUAAUUUUAUAUAACGGCAGUGACAUCAGCUAACAGACUGGACUGAGAUGAACUGCUAGCCUCUGAGCUGGUGGCUAAUUGGCCCCCAUUCAUUCUCCUCAGCAUGUCAGGAUACCAGGCCACAGUCAGAGUCACAGAAAGAUGGAUGGGCUGUUUGAAUGAGAGGAUGGACAGACAGAAUCCGUCUGCAGCGGCGUCACUGAAGAUGUUUUAUUGAUGCUAGGUUUAACGGACUAAAGUGUGGUUAUUUGGUAUCUGAAAACCCAAAACACAAAGAAUAAACAACCACUUAGAUGCCUGCUUUCUCUUUCUCUUUUUGAUUUCUAUUUUUACUCAAUUGGUUAAGUGAUAAAUGUUAGUCUGUAAAUUAAAAAAAAAAGUUUUUUAAAAUGUAGGUCUUGAAAGUUUUAAAUCAGUCUCCAGGUCGGCUGUGUCCGUGCAGCACUGACGGAUUGACUUUCAGAAUAGAGGAGGACGCCUAAUCAGGACGGGGCUUUUAUUUUGGCAGGGUGAUUUUUUUGUAAAGCUCGGCGCUGGCAGCCGGCAAGGUCACAGUCAGAGAUUUAAAAUUUUAGAGCAAAGAUUAAUGACAAAUGUAUAAAUAUAGUGGGUUUUCUUCGGUGAAACAGGAGGUGAUUAAACGGAGGACGGGGAAGUCGCUGGAAAUGUUACUGCGAUAAAGUUACAGACAGGACGGAGGACGAAGCUUUAUGUUUGUUACUUCAGCUGGUUUUUGUAGAGAUUCAGCUCAGAAAUAAAGCUCAGACUUUAAAAUUCAGACUGUAAUAGCUAUUUUUCUUUAAUGUGUUUGCAGACAGAUAAAAAUGAUACCUUUCCAGCAUUUGUCGCUGUUCAACACUGAAAAAAUAGUCCCAUGAGACUCAAUUUAAUAUGACUUUAGCCCUUAAAUUGUAGAUCUUACUUGUCCUCUAUGAAUAAAAUACUUUUUUACAGAUUUCUUAAGUAAAGAAAGUCAUUUUGGGCUAAUAGACACGUGCUUCUUCACAGAAAUAUGCUCCUUUUCUUCUCAUAUUCAUGCCGAAGGUAAAACUGAAAUAAAAUUUCCACAUGGGACAUGUUUAAAGGGUUAAAAUGAUUAGGUUAAGUUCAAAGUGUUGCAAAAAGAGUCAAUUAUUAAAUCAGGAGAAUUUAAGCUGAUCUCUGCCAAUGCCAAACAGCUUAUUCGACUCUUGUUUGGUGGAUUGGAUGAUUGAAGUCUGACGAAACAAGAUAGAUUGGCAAUUUAAAAAUGUAUUCAUUUGAUAAACAGCCUGGCU